UGUUUGUCUUGAAAUUGAAUUAAAUAUUGAACAGAUGGAAAAUGCCAAAAGUGUUGGACCAGAGAAGGCAUUUCAUUUAACUAAACUGUUGACAUCAAAUAUGUUAUAUUUAGUUGAUGAAUUGAAAAAGAUUGAAGGGAUGAGUGCUCAAGAUCUUUGGAUGAAAGAGCUUGAUGUGUUGGAAAAGGCAUGGGACGAAUUUGAAAUGCUGAUAAAGAAACAAACUGAAAUUACGUCAGUAAAUGCUAAGAACAACUAUAAGUUUUUAUAG